AUGGCUUCUGACGAGUCAGAUGAUGAACCUCUGUCUAAUUUGGCGGCUGCCAAGAAAAAAGACCCCGAUAAUUUUGAUUAUGAACCACCAAGUGAGAGUAGUGAUGAGGAACCAAAGAAGAAGAAAAAGAAAGAACCACCGGCAAAAAAACUAGGCGUGACGAUAAAAUUUCAUCGAAAAUUAAACAAUAUGAUAGGACCUGGGGUAAUAGAGAGACCGGCGGAUGUGUGGCUUUAUUUAAAGGAUCUUAACCCAACAGGGCCUUAUAGUUGUUUAUUGUGUUCAGAUUGGUUUAUAAAUAGGUCAAAAAUGAUAUUACAUUAUGCACUAAAUCAUAAGAAAGAUUUUUGUGGUAUUUGCAGAUACUUUGUACCGGAUAGAGAUGCUUGGUGGGAACAUGAAAAAUUCCAUUCACCAUGGCCUUGUUCCCAAUGUGUGGAGACAUUUCCAUCAGAAGUCUUGCUACGUAACCACCUUAGUAGUGUUCAUAAUUUAGUGCAUUGCAGACUCUGCCAUUUUAGAGUCACAGCAGAUGAAAAUUACAGUUCACAUUUGUUUCAAAAGCACAAUGUAACUAAUGCUUCUUGUCAAAACGAUGAUCUAUUUUGGCAAUUAGAUUAUGAUGGAGAUGAGAAAUUUAUGUGCUCUCUGUGCUCAAAAACAGACUUAUUGUCUUCCACGUUUUUUGGACAUUUCAUGGGCUAUCAUCAUUUUACUCUUAAAUGUUUGACCAAUGUCAUUGCCGGAAAAAGCACCCCAUUUACAGUAGAUGGUGCUGAUGUUACUGACCGUUUUAUUAAUGAACAACUAAAAGGACAUGUAAGGCUUGGUUAUGUUGAUUUAACACCAAAAAAUGAACCACCUGCUGGAAAUGUAAAGGUUGUACCUGUUGAAAUUGUUAUGCCUAGUGUUAAAAAAGAGGUUCAGAGUGAUGCUGAAGAACAGAAUAAAGCAGUUAGAGCAGAGGUAGUAACAAAAGAUGAGAACAGUCAGGGUACUGAAGUAUUAGAUUAUAAAGGUGAAGAAGAUUUUGAUGUUACAGUAACAGAAAUGAUUAUUAUUGAACGAUCCUACUUUGACUAUAUAAAUCAGCUCCUUUCUAGUGUUAGUGAAGAUAAAGUACCUGAAAUAUCUCAUAUUGAGUAUGAUAAGCUUAAAUCAGAUUAUCUAAACAAUGUAAAAUGUCCGCUAUGUAAAACUAAAUUGGAAACAGUACAGUCAUUUGCGACACAUAUGAACAAAAUGCACAGUGUCAAAUCGGUGCCUUUGUAUUCCUGUCGGGUUUGUGCAGCAACUUUUGAUACUUACAAUGAUUUAACAAUUCAUAUUGCCAGUGAGUUUGCUGAUUUUGAUGACCUAUGGAUAUGUCAGUUUUGUGACAAGGAAUUUGAUAACCGUGAGUCAACUAGACAGCAUUUAACAGAGCAUUACAACUGUUUAGAUUAUGAAAAUUGUUUUAGUCCACAUGUAGGGUUCAAGUGCAAGUAUUGUUCAACAUUGUUCUGGAAUGAGCCAGACAGAGAAACGCAUCAGAUAAGAGUGCAUUACAAUAAAUACAAGGAAUACUUUUAUAAAUGUGAACCCUGUUCUAAAACUUUUGGUGAUAAGGUAUGGUACUUACAUCACUACAUAGAGAAGCAUUGUGAAGACGACGACAAGGCAUAUCUUGUCAAGUGUUGUCUUUGCUGCAUAGUUUUAUCAGAUGUGGACGAGAUGAGGAGUCACUUUGCAUCAAACCACCCAGAGGUCCGCAAGUUGUAUUGUUCCCUGGAACCAUGCCUGUAUAAGCCUUUGAGUCACAGGAAGUCAUUUAAACUUCAUGUGAAGAUGAUCCACGGCACUCCCAAGCCAGAGAAAACAGUCCACUGCAACGUGUGCCAGCGAGAGUUUGCCAGCUCACGCGCGUGCGCGACCCACAUGGCGCAAGUGCACGGACCCGGCAAGUUCAAGUGUAAACUGUGUAAAGAAGUGCUGCAGACUGUUGAUGAGAGAAAACUCCACUACCUCCUCCGCCAUCCCGGACGUCAUCCCUUCGAGUGUGUAGACUGCGGGAAGUCCUUCCAGUACAAAUCGUCGCUAUACAUGCACAGACAGGACCACCAGCCGAACAAACAGACAUACACUUGCAGUUAUUGUGGAAAAUCGUUUGCGAAGAAGGACUCGUACCGCGAGCACGUACAGAUCCACGAGGGCCCGCGCCACGCGUGCUCGUACUGCCCCAUGCGCUUCGUGCAGCGCUCCAACAUGCUGCGCCACGAGCGCCGCCACACCGGCGAGCGCCCCUACCGCUGCGCGCACUGCCCCCGCUCCUUCGCGGACAAGGGCGCCUGCACCGCGCACACCAGAACACAUUCAAAAGACACGUCCUACGCGUGUCUGUACUGCGGGCAGACGUUCGUGCAGAAGUCCAAACUGACAUAUCAUAUUCGCAAACACACAGGAGAAAAUCUAGAAGCGUGUCCGGUGUGUUCCAAGCUGUUCACGAGCGCGUGCUCGUUGCGCGAGCACAUGAAGACGCACGUGGAGAAGAGAGCAGUUGUUAAGUGUCCGCUGUGUGAUAAAGGUUACCAGGACGAGCGCUACAUGCUGCGGCACCUGCGCACGUCGCACACGCGCUCGCAGUUCAGCUGCCCGCUCUGCCAGAAGCUGCUGACGAGCGCGGCGGGACUGCGACACCAUGUCAUCACCCAUAGCCCGCUCAAUACUUUUAGAUGCAAAUGCUGCCCAAAAUCAUAUGCAGUUAAGCGUACUAUCGUCAAACAUCUGAGGAAACGUCAUGGCUUGAAAGGCGGCGAAUUAAACCUAAAAGAUUUUUAUACUCGGUUAGAGCCCAGAGAAUGCCAGUUGGACUUAGACGAAGCUACGAUGACCACUAUAUUCGGACCCCCCAAGAAAACGAUGCCAGAAGUACUGAUAGCUGACUUUGUAACAUUCUCUAAGAAGAUUUCGUUUGCACAGAAUGUGGAGAAUAAUAAUACUGAUGACACCGAAGAUGAUAAUGAUGCAGCCAAAGAAAGUGAUAAUGUCAGUAACAGCGAGCAAGAAGAGCAGCCACCUCCACAGAUAAAACAAGAAGUUGUCAGUGGUGGUGAAGAAGAACUAGAACCAACUGACUUUGUCAGUGUCAAAAUAGAAUCCAUGGAAGAUGAGAAUAUGGAA